UGCACCUAGUCACCAGAAGACGGGAUAGGAUCCCACCCAUUUGUUACUCCUGGUUGAUCGUUGCUAGCUCGCUGCCUACCAAGCAGGGGAGUACUACUCGUACUGCUACCAUAUUACUUCCACUACCACCGUCUCAAAAGCCUACCGAUUUCAAAGCUGAUGUUGAGAACUACCGCUUUGCUGUCUCCUGCACCAUCCUAUCUCCUCCCUACCAUCCUCGCAUUCUCCCGCUUGCUUUGCUAUCGUCCUCCUGCUCCCGAUGCGCUCCUCUCCAGCCUGAGUGCACUCUAGCUUCUCAGCCCAUGUAUUCGGGUGUCUGCAGAUGAGGCGCGUCAACCAUGACUUCCUUCUUUGGAAAGCUCAAGAGCCAGAAUGCGUCUGCCCCGGCAGUAGGCGCAGCCACCGCCAGAAAGGACGCAAAUGCGCCUCUACCUACCCCUCUUGAGCGCAUGCUCGCAAGUGCUGGUCCAAUUCGCAACGAUGGCAGUGAUAAAUUCUUUGGCAUGGAAAAUUUCGGAAACAGCUGGUCAGUGCUGAAACACCGUCAACAUCGAGGGUUCUUGGUCUGAUUUUCGCAGCUAUUGCAACUCAAUCCUGCAGUGUCUCUACUAUUCUGUGCCCUUCCGAGAACAUGUCCUUUCAUAUCCGCGCCGGUCCAAUCCUGACGCUGUCGCCCACGCUCAAUUGCACGCUCCGCCUCGGGUACCGCCGAAUCAACAAAAUGGGGCGGCGAAGAAGCCGCCGCCUGGGCCUGCAUCCGCGCGAAAUGCCGGCACUCCCCCUCAACAACAGAAGCCAGAGGAUAAAGACUCGCCAGAGUACAAGAAGAAACAAGCGAUCUUGUCGGGCCCCAUUCUCAACAUGACUUACGAUAACUCGCAGGAUUAUGAUAUGCCAGAAAGCCUUUUCACAUCGCUCAAGGACAUAUUCGAGGCGAUUGUCUUGCAUCAGUCAAGGAUGGGGGUCGUCAGCGGGCACAGAUUCCUUGAGGUUCUACGCAAGGAGAAUGAGAUGUUCCGCUCUGCCAUGCAUCAAGAUGCACAUGAAUUCCUCAACCUUCUCCUCAACACCGUGGUGGAGAAUAUCGAGGAUCACGACAGAAAACUGAUUGCGCAGAAGAAAGUCGAGGCGCCCCCUCCGGCACCAGAAGAACCCGCCGAUAUGUCAAGAACGGAAUCAGCGACUGUAUCGUUUCCCUCCAUAUUGCCAGUUCCGACAGCGAACUCUCCGACAAAGUGGCUUCAUGGCCUCUUCGAAGGCACACUCACUUCUGAAACCAGAUGUUUGACUUGCGAAAAUGUUUCCCAGCGUGAUGAGCCUUUUCUAGAUCUUUCAGUCGACUUGGAGCAACACUCAUCUGUCACUGCAUGCUUACGAAGAUUUUCCGAGGAGGAGAUGCUGUGCGAGCGAAACAAAUUCCACUGCGACAACUGCGGCGGCCUUCAGGAGGCGGAGAAGCGAAUGAAGAUCAAGCGACUUCCACGAAUAUUGGCCUUACACCUAAAGCGGUUUAAGUAUACCGAAGAUUUCGGGCGUUUGCAAAAGUUAUUCCACAAAGUCGUGUAUCCUUAUCAUUUAAGACUCUUCAACACCACGGACGAUGCAGAGGACCCUGACCGACUUUACGAGCUCUAUGCAGUGGUUGUUCAUAUUGGUGGAGGUCCGUACCAUGGUCACUAUGUCGCCGUCAUCAAGACCCAGGAUCGGGGCUGGCUGCUUUUCGACGACGAGAUGGUUGAACCUGUCGACAAGAACUUUGUCCGCAACUUUUUUGGAGAUAAACCGGGACUUGCGUGUGCCUACGUGCUGUUUUAUCAAGAGACAACACUUGAAGCUGUCCAGAAGGAACAAAGAAUGGAAGGAAAGAGACGGGCUUCGCAAGAUCUAACCAAUCCCCUUAGCGUUGAUGCCAAACGCUCGGCAGAGUUGCACCGUGUCGAAACCUUCAGUCCAAUGGGCUCUCCAGUGUCGCCAGCAGAAUCCGCACAAUACGCUGUGCUCGAUCAUGCUGUGACUGCCCCCCCUCAAUUCAAGGCGAACGGACAUGUUGAAUCCCCUCAGUCUCCUACUCUCACUGCCGCUAGACCGACCAGCCCCGUUGUGCAAAGCAAGAAAGAAAAGGCGAAGGAAGAAAAGGCACGGAAGGCAGCAGAAAAACAGGCGGAGAAGGAGAGACAAGAAGCCGAACGACAACGCCGCAAAGAGUUGGCCAACAAAAUCACGGAAGCGCACAAGAGACAAGAAGCGGAACUGAAGGCGGCAAUGGAAGCAAGUAAGGCUACGAAGGCCGAAGAAGAUAGGCGAAACGCCCUCGAACGAGCGCACACCGUUCAAGCAAACGGAAGUAGUCAUUCGGGCCUGGAUCGGUUCAAACGAUCGAAGAGUCUACGAUUUGGGUCCUUAACCAAAAGGGACAAGCCGCCGUCGAAUCCAUCCGAGGAGCAUAUGGUUACCCCAGACACAGCGGAGAGCACGGAGUCUCCGGAAAAAGAGAAGGAGAAAGAGAAGAGAAACCGAUUUAGCAUUCGAAAGAAGUCGUUCGGCGUAUUAUCAUGACGAAGACGCAGGUAUUAACACAUCUACGAGUGGACCAUCUUCGACCCGAGUUUGCAUUGCACAUACAUCUUUUAACGGAUCAUUAGAAGCCGACGAAGCGAAAUGAUUGUUUGGGCGUAUUGUCAUGGUUGGUCUACAAGGGAGUUAUACUCCAGGCAGCACAAAAUCUUUGCUAUGUGUGUCCGUUGUCAGCCGGACGACCUACGCGUGCGGUUCGCACGCUCUCGAAUUUAUGACUGGAUUACGAAACUUCACAAAGAGAUGACGGCAUUUACAUGGCGCCUUCAUUGCCUGCAUGACUUCCUUCCACCCAUGUUUCACCAUUACUCUUUUCAGGAGCUGAGAUGUCGAACGGAGAGUCAGCUCGCGAGCAAUUUACAACGGAGGAGCAGAGAUUGACCUUCGAUCCAUGCCAGGCGGUUUGUCUAUUUCGCUUGCGGUUCAGAUACAGUCAUUGGCGGCACAGUGAGUACGUCAAAAAACGCUGGUCUUCAGUGCUCCCAGGCAAUGUCGGGUACUGUGGAAUGUGGAAGAAAUCAGGAGGCAGCUAUUGCUGAAGGCUCAGUUCGGGAUCGGGUUGACUGUACUGUGCAUGGGCACGUCGCUUCACAUACCCUUGUGUUGGACAUGCUUGGUCCCCCCGUAUAACGGAGGGAUGAAGGGCACCGCCGGCCCUCGAGGUGAAGAUGGGAUUUCUCCCGACGUGCAUGGAGAAUUAUUUGUCUUGCCGUUUUCGCUCGUGGCAAAGCGGAAGUGCAUAGUGAUUGGUGUAAUGAAACGUGAAACACAUUUGCAAAGUCUGAAGAGGAGCAAAAUCAAAAAACCGCAUACAGGUGAAAGGAAAACAGAGACGAUUAUGAAUAUAAAUUCUUGCGAGAACCAAUGGCUCUG